AAAGACCCCUCCGCGCCGCCACCCACUCCAACCAGCCAACAAACACACCCACUGUACGACAUAGCAGCAAAAGCUGGAUGUAUUUCUUAAAUACGCCUCCUCGUUUAGUUGUAACCUGCAUGUUCUAGAGUCAUCGCUGCGGUUCCAACUAGCUCCAUCGAACUUUGCAAGCCACUGCGCAUAGCUUCCCCAUCAUCAUCUGCUUGAUUGAUCCAAACAUUACCCACACCUCUUAUAAUCCUCUCAAAACCAGCCAUGGACGACCAGUUCAACGUUAGAACGGACGACGACUUGUUCCUCGACGACUUUGAGCCCGUAGACUCCGAAGCCGUCCCGUCCGUCGUCGCGCCCGAGCCUCAAACGCCAAUCGAACACUCCCCGUCGGUCCCCGAAACCCGGCCAACCACCUCUGAAGCCAGGCCGCAGAACCCAACCCCCAGGAAGGCCGCCUCCACCAGGCCACCUCCAUCCACGAACACCGAGCCUCGGCCGCGCGGACAGCUCGGCCAGUCGCGACAUGCCCCAGCCGCCUCCUCGCCAAACACGCGCGGUGGACGCGGCCAGCGCGGCCGCGGCGGGGGCGGCAUAGGAAAGCCGCACGCGCAGGCGGUCCAGCAAGCGAACAAGCCCGAGCCCGCCGAGGCGAGCACCCCCGCCGCCGCGCCCGAGGACAGCAGCGACGCGGUAGAGGGCGCGACGCCCUCCGCGCCGGCCGACGAGGAUCCCAACGCGCCCCCGCCCAACGCGCCCACGGGGCCAGCGGCCGCGACCGCGGCGGCGGGGCAGCAGACGCCCGUCAAGCCUGCUUCGGUGACGUCGGAGGCGCGGCUCAAGUCCGGGGCGAACCCGCGCACCAAGCUGACGGACGAGGAGCUGUCGGCCAAGAUGGCCGCCAUGGCGGUGGCGUCGGCCGAGAAGAUGCGGAGGCACAACCAGGCGCAGCGGGACGAGCGGGACCACGAGAUGGCCAUGGCGCGCAGCGCUGAAGACGCGCGCAAGAGGCGCGCGGCGGAGCAGGAGAAGCGCCGCCAGGCUGAGGAGGAUAGGCAGAGGCUUGAGGAUGAGAGGGCUAAGAACCGGGAGAGGAAGCUCAAGGCCAUGGGCGCCAAGGACGGAGCCUGGGAGCAGGAGGCGCAGCAGGAAGACAGGAGGGCGUUCACCGGAGGGGCCAACGGUGGAAUUAGGGGGUCUAAGGGUCUCCAUUCUGGCAGGCUGGGCGGGCUCCAGGGUAGCAAGUAUGCCACUGGAGAUGGCGACGACGCGCCUGAGGAUCGCGGCUAUCACAACCACCGUGGUGGCCGUGGUGGAGGGAGAGGACGCGGCCGUGGUGGAGAUUUCGGCGGCAGAGGCGGCGACCGCAACGGCCAGCAGGCUUCCAAGCCAGCCAUCAACAACGAAGCCGAGUUCCCACCGCUGUCGACAAACGCUGCGCCUAAAACGGCGGCGGUGGAGGCGGUUAAGAAGAGCGAGACCCCCGUCAAGAUGUUCUCGCCGCUAGCGCCCAACGCUCGGUGGGACGACGAGGUUGAAGCCGAGGACGCGAGAACAAAGGCUGAAGAUAAACCCGCCGCCUAGGUUCGAGAUAUAAAUGACGAUAAAAAGCGAAUGUGAACGGGAUGUCAUUGGUAACCAAGAAAUUCUUGGCCUACCUUUCUAGCGAAGUUCCGCAGGGUAAGACUUUUGAUUUUAGGAGUAGCCCGGGGCUGAUUGUUAUUCGAUACAAAGAGCCAAGUGUCAAAUAAAGCGAUACCACAUAGCACAAUACGGGAAAAGGGAAAAAAUAUCAUAAUCAGAUAAACACCGUUUAAAAGUCGUGUGAAAACAUAUUGCGGCUUACCAAGCUCAAUAUUAUGAAAAUAUGUGCCCC